UGAGCCCUUGGUCAUCGGGAAAUGCCCCUCCCUCUGCUGCAUGAAGCUUCAUUCGUUUGAUUUGUAAAAAAAGUCAGUCUAGCUUUAAAAAGGCAGGGUAGACACUGGAGAGGGAAACUUAAGAUAGUGAGAAAGCAAUAUAACUUUCCUUAAGAAACUAUUUUAGAGGCAUCUGUAGAAUAAUUUGGAGGAUGCUGUCAAAAGGUGUGGUUCCUUCUGAAAGAGGUUUUAACAGACUUGCAGAAUCGCAGAGUUGAAAGGGGCCAUCAAAGCCACAGGAUCGGUCUUCUCCUGCUGCUCGCGAGGAACCCAUGUAAAGCAUGGCAGAGUUGGCUGAUGAACCUCCACUUCGGCACCUCCAGUGACAUCCGAUCCAUCUUCCCUUUCUUAAAAUAUCCUGCCUCUGGAAAGAUAAGGAAGAGGUUCUGGCUAUCUUUCCAGGCAACCAGGCACAGAAUGGCCCUUGGAAUAUCCUCAGCCUCUCAAAAUGUGGCACUCUGGAAGGAAAAGUAAAGAGCUGGUUUUCCUGGAGGAAGGGUGGUCGUGAAGGCAAGAAAUUACCCAGGGAGUUUUGUGCUGAAACAGGCAGUUCAGCGGCCGUCUGGACAAUGAAUCGGCUAAGUGCUGGAGGCUGUGUUUUCUGCACUGCCUGGAGCUUGGCCAAGCCUUGGCCUCCUGAAGGCCGGUGUGCCUUCUCUGCCGUAGCAGCCUGAAGUGACCAGGGUCAGGUGGAAAGAGACGUGUCCACCUGCUGCACUGCAGCUAUGGACACAAGGAUUCCUUGGCACCCUCUUGAGCCAUCCUCACCAUGCUAGUGCCUGGGAACGAAGACUUCCUUGCCGAUGUAGUCUACAUUGUCUUUGAACUGGUCAUUGCACUUCUGGCCAUCUUGGGGAACAUCUUGGUCUGUUGGGCAGUCUAUCUCAACAGCAAUCUGCAGAACGUCACCAAUUACUUUGUGGCUUCCCUGGCAGCGGCUGACAUUGCAGUGGGGGUCCUGGCAAUCCCCUUUGCCAUCACUAUCAGCACCGGCUUCUGUGCCUUCUUUUAUGGCUGCCUCUUCAUUGCCUGCUUUGUCCUGGUGUUGACCCAGAGUUCCAUCUUCAGCCUCCUAGCAAUCGCCAUCGAUCGGAUUAUUGCUAUCCGUAUACCUCUCAGGUACAACGCUUUAGUGACUAGCUCACGCGCUAAGGGAGUCAUAGCCAUCUGUUGGUUCUUAUCCUUCAUUAUUGGCCUGACACCAAUGCUGGGCUGGCAUGAAAGAAAUCUGGAAGAGAAAGGGCAAGCCAAGAAUGGGUCCUCCAUCAACUGCAGCAGCAAUAUGGUGGCUUGCCUCUUUGAGGCUGUGGUCACCAUGGAGUAUAUGGUCUACUACAACUUCUUUGCAUGUGUGCUUGUUCCUCUCCUUCUGAUGUUUGGUAUCUACUUGAAGAUCUUCAUGGCAGCCCGGCGACAGCUCAAGCAGAUAGAAAACAAGAUGAUGCAUGGGGAACGAACCCGAUCCAUUUUGCAAAGAGAGGUCCAUGCAGCAAAAUCCUUGGCCUUCAUUGUUGGGGUGUUUGCUAUAUGCUGGCUCCCAUUACAUGUUAUUAAUUGCUUCACUCUCUUCUGCAAGAGUUGCAGGCGCCCUUCACUCUGGGUCAUGUACUUGGCCAUUAUCUUGUCCCAUGCCAACUCUGUGGUGAACCCCCUGAUCUAUGCCUAUCAGAUCAGAGAGUUCCGCUGCACCUUCAGGAAGAUCAUUCAGCAGCACAUUCUGGGCAGAAAGGAGGGGUUUACAUCUGCCACUGCAAGCCGGAGGACUUCUGCUCACGAUGGAGAUGCUGACAACACCUGUGUACAGAUCAGUGAAUAUGCCCUCAAUUUCUACACUGGUGGGGACUUCAGUGGCAUCUAUAGGGAUGAUUUGGGGGGGGAAAACAUGUGCAUGGUAUGGACCCCAAACCAAAAUGGACUAGCAGGGGAAGUGAAUGGGCACUUUGUACCUUCUUGCAAAAACGGGGAGCUCCAAAAAAAUGGAGCCACCUAGCCGAGAGCUUCUUGGGGUUCCUGGGUUUUAUGCUAAUUUGGAGGCCUUGUUGGAAGCUUCUCAUGCGUCUGAGGCUGUCGCUGUGCUGGAGUUAAACCCUCAAAGGCUGCAGCCUUAAAAAAAUGAGGAACAUGUUAAAGCCAUUCUGAAGGAAUAGGGAAGAAGGGGUCUGCCAGAGCAGGGAGAAGAGAGGCCUGGAGGUAGGCAAGAAUCACUGCAGGCAAGAUUAAACAAGCCGAGGAUAUCCACACACACCAUGUAUACUUAAGUUCACUCACGUGGUCUUCUCCACCUGUGGCCACAUUUUGCCACCGUCCAGAUGCCCUUAGAGAGGAUAAAACUGCAGGGUUGCUGCACCUUUUACUGCAGGAGGAGGGGAAGAGGGUCAGCAUCGAUUCCAUCCAGCUGCUUGGCCAGAAGCGUUUGGGGACCAUGAUAAUCUGUGUGUAAAUGCUGUUGUUUGUGUAAGAACACAAGUAGGGCAUUUUAUAGUGCAGCAUAAUUGCUGUCCAACUGCUCUCAUUCCACUGGAGUUGUGUGGGCCACAGUGACUGCUCAAGCAGUCCACAAGUGAUAGCAAAGUUUCCUCCCAUUGGGACUGUCUUGGCAGAAAUAAAUAGGCUGCUCAGUUCCAGUUCGUGCCAGCCGCAACUCUUUUGACCUCAUUGUGGUCAGUCUUACCAGUAGAGGAGACUGGAAUGAGCACACAGGUAGCUCCCUAAAGGACGGGAGGGAAGUCCGACCCUCCAGCUUAAGCUGGAUGUCUGGUCUUCAGCAAAGUUCAGGGUCCCUGGGCUGAGCCUGGAGCCACUGGUGCUUCAAAGCUAAAGGCCAUCAAGCCUCUGAGGCUGAAUGAGCUGUUGGGCAUUAUCCUCAAAGCUACAUUUGCCAACAAGCUCUAGGUAGUCCCGAGUGAAGGUCUCCUGGCAGGUGGUCUUAUGCUAUUCAAACCUGUUUCACAGCCGUUUUCUUUUCAGUUGACAGGCGUGAGCUGAACCGUCUGAAUGGCCAGUUGGGCUGCUCCCUCCAUCGGUUCAUGGCCUGCCUUUUCAUUCUUAGCCGGGACUCCCAAUGGAUUUAUGAGGCCUGAGUCAGGACAGGAAUGAAUUUAGGGGUCCUGCUUCUGCCUGUCCCCAAGGAUGCAUGUAUGCACGAGAGGAGUGUAGUAGAACUGGGAAGGGCUAAUACCAAGAGGAGAGGAGGGGACUCCUCCCUUUGUGUGUGUCAUUUGCCCCCCACCCCCCAGCAGCAGGAACAGCUCUGGCUAAUAGUAAAUGGCCAUUUGGAGACUGUGAAGAGGUGUCUUCUGCAAGCAGGGAUGUGAUGGUGGAUCGUUGUAUUUCAGGGGCCAUGAGAAUACGAAUCAGUCUUUCCAGAUUUUUCUUGUUGGCAUGUUUGCUAAACCUUGUCUGUUUGUAACCAUCUCCUGAUUCUUUUCUGGUUUCUCCCUAAUUUUUCAUAAUUGCUUAUUACACUUUUUCUAGAAGCGUAAAAUAGACUUUAAGCAAUGAAAGGUGA